UUUGACCUACGAAUGUAAAGCAUCACUGGUUAACUUGGCUUCUUUGUGUUAACAAACUACUUCAACUUUUAGCAUCAACUUCACUCUCAGCGCCAUCAUUUCAACUCUCAACUGUCAACCAAGAGCAAACAAGUGAGCUUUAGMUGAACAACUGACGUAUGCAAUCUUUCGUCAGUGUUUACUCGAAGAUUUGACUAGAAAGUUCAAAGUCAAUAGUUUUGAUAAUUCUUGACGACACGUAGCAUCGUGUUAUCGGAUUUAUUAUGACUGAUCAAACGGCAAUGAYUGAAGGAAUUAGUGAGGGUAUAAGCACCUUAUACGUCUGCAUCGCACUGGUCAUGAUAUUCCUCUCGUUGCUAUGCAACUUAAUCGUCAUGGCAACGGUCUAUAGCUGCAAAGAAUCGAACAGUCCAAAAGACUGGCUUAUUUGGAACAUUUCCUUGUGUGACAUCGUGUCGAYUUUAUUCUCGACUUUAUCUGUUGACAACGUMUUCAUGAAUUGGAGUGUACCGGGCGGAUUUUGCAAGGCGAGCUAUGCUUUAGCUUAUGCUGGKUUUGCAGCGACCGUACUGUCACUGUGUGUCAUGUCRAUCGAAAGGUACUAUGGGAUAUGUCGGUCGGUUGACUACCAAAAACGCUCCCUUGCCACAAAGUUUAAGUGGUCAAUUCCUGGAAUAUGGUUACUCAGUAUCGCAUUAUKCGUGGUAUACUUUGUAAUAUAUGGAACGCGUUCAGUACACWUGGUUGACGGGRAAACUGGACGAGUAUGCGAUGAAACAUGGAAUUCCUUACAUGGUGCGAUUUAUUACACCAUUAUCCCAUGUAUGUUACUUACAGUGAUUGCCUCGGYUUUCAUGACUAUUGUCCUGRUUAAGAUUCUUAGAAAGCUUCGAGUUUCUCGCACACCGUCGUCUGGUGGAAGUGCUGUGCUUAACAUGAAGAGAAAAAACACAGUAAAGAUGAUAUUUGCUAUGUUUGUAGUCCAUUAUCUUUGCUGGUUGCCMACAAUUGUGUUGAAACUACUGACUGCUUAUGGGACCAUAUUCCCAAGGUACUGGAUUAUGCUGGCGUUUUUCGACUUACCACAUUACKCACGUUCGAUAUUUUACUCGUGCAUUUACUAUAUUAUGUACCCUGGAUUUAGCAGUAAUUUAAAGUCAAUUUGUACAAUUUGCUGGUGUUGUGCAACACGAAAAACGACRCCGAGACGAAACAAAGAUGGAAAUGGUAAGCCGACAUCUUAUAUAAACAGCGUCGAUUCAGAAGCUAACUGAGAUGCCUUAGAUAYAGUACGAAUGGGAUUCCUAUUUCUAUUCAUACCGAUGGAGGACUGGUUACAAGUUGAAACUGAUAAAAYAUUACAAUCUUUCCCGGUCAGCAAGCYAGCAGGGCUACCACAAGUGAAAAGCUGCUAAAAGAAUGAAAUUUUAUAUUCAAAUAUAUCCACUACUAAUAUAUUUUGCUGUUUCUGUUUGAAGUUUUUUUUAAGGGACACAAAUAAAUCAAAUGCUGCAUAUG